GUUUCCCACCAUGCGGGGAGGCAUGCCAUCUAGCUGGUGUGUUCUGAAUGACAGAGCGGGCAUGUCUGUCUUUCGGUUCAAACUUUAGUUGGGAUUUCACCACAUCAUGCUGGACCUAGUUCUAAACCUCAGGUAAUAAAACGGUUGAAUCAAUCAUUCUUUUAAGACGGUACUGGAGCCUGGAGAUGCAGCGGCUUCUGUUACAGACUGUUCUCCGGCAGGUGCACGCGGCACGCCCUCUCCUUCUGUGCCCGACUCCAGGCCCAGCGGGCGGUGUCCCACCCGGAGGUCCCUGCAAGGGGUGGCUGUCUCCCUCCCGGCGAUGGGUGAGCGCGUCCUCCGCACGGACGGCCGCGGAGCCGCGCAAGGCCGGCAUCAACGACGAGCCCCCGCCGGUGUCUCCACAAGGGGCCCUGGGCGCCACGGGCAGUGAUCCGCCACCCGGCGCAGCCCCUGAGACAGAGGCGGACCCCCUUCAGGACACAUCCAGCGGCCUCUACCAGAGGUUUAAGAAGACCUUCAAGCAGUACGGAAAAGUCAUGAUUCCCGUGCAUCUUGUGACGUCUACAGUGUGGUUCGGCUCAUUCUACUAUGCUGCCAUGAAGGGAGUGAACUUGGUUCCCUUUCUGGAGUUUGUCGGAUUGCCCGAAAGGCUCGUAAGCAUGCUGAAGGACUCCCAGAGUGGUUAUGCACUGACAGCCUACGCCAUGUAUAAGAUUGCCACCCCAGCGAGAUACACUGUAACCCUGGGAGGAACAUCCUACUCUGUAAAAUACCUGCGCAAGCAUGGCUACCUGUCCACACCGCCCCCCGUCAGGGACUAUAUCCAAGACAAAAUGGAGGAGACGAGGGAGCGUCUGUCGGAGAAAAUGGAGGAAACCAAGGAGAGGAUCACGGAGAAGAUGGAGGAGACGAAGGACAAAUUUACUGAAACCAAGGACAAGUUCUCAGAAAAACUACAAGAAACCAAAGACAAAGUGGCUUUCCGGAGGAAAAAAUAAUGUGUUUAUUCUGUCUCGAACUGAAAAGGGUAGUUCUGGUCAUUUCUGGGGACAGGAUGACUAGAAAGCGUGUUGAAUGUGAAUUGGCCAUGUAGGUACUCAUCAUGUCUGCAGAUUUCCUGCACUCUGUUAACAAAUCUCUUCGACCAUCAAAGUUGUCAAUUUCAUGAACUUCUGGAAAUAUCUUGGUGAGAUCUGAUUGAAAGGUAAUCGUAUCCUCUUUCAUUGUCUGUCCUGUGUUCUUCCAGUGAUGACGGUAUAUAUCACAAAUUGGAAGGGACGCUACUUCUGUACAAUAUAUAGGUUUGAAAAAUAAUUGUUUUUACAUGAAAUACAAGUGAUCAAAUGCUAAAAAGAGAGACUAAAACCUCUAAAGGUUUGUUUUCAUCAGCCUGUACAGCACUAUAAUAAAUUAUUCACGUUUUAAGAGAUGUUUUGAGGGCUUUGGGUUGGCUUUGCUUUUAGAAAAUAUUCAACAUUUUAAAAUGCCUUGUGCUUGUGACAAGAAAGACGUUGAAUUAUUCAUUUGUUUCAGAGUUUAAUAAUAUGUCUGAUUAACUGUUCUGUGAUUGUCUAUUCAGAUCAACACUACCCAGUAACACAAAAAUUCCAAGUUUGAAUAGGGCCUUUAUAGCUGGAUUUUACGUUGCAUUGUGAAGAUUUCCACUACGUGGACAGGCAUCGUAUUUAAUCCAGAAACACACACAAUAAAGGAAUUAUCAAUA